AUGUAUCGGCAGGUGCGUGUGCAUCCGAGCGAUACGCCGUACCAGCGAAUCUUCUGGAGGAAGGACCCGAACGAGCGCUUGCGAGUGCUUGAGCUGAACACCGUGACCUACGGAACGGCGAGCGCCCCGUUCCUCGCAACGCGGUGUCUGGUGGAGCAGGCGGAGUCGGCGAAAGGCCGGUUCCCAGCAGCCGCCAAGAUCGUGAUCGAGGACAUGUAUGUCGACGACAUGCUGUCCGGAGCCAGCAACGAGAAGGAAGCAGUGAAACUUGUGCUGGAACAAGUGCUAAAGUGUGUGCCUGAAGAAGAUCGGGAGAAGCCGAAACCGAUCGAAGAAUAUAGUGCGAACGAAGCCAUUAAGGCUCUGGGUGUCCUGUGGGACCCACGCGAGGAUGAGUUUCGUUUUGUGAACUGUUUGGAAGAGUGCGACGACAAACCAGUUUCGAAGGCGAAAGUGUUUUCGGACAUCCUGAAAGUGUUUGACCCGCUGGGCUUCGUAGCCCCAGUCAUCGUGCUGGCCAAAGUGUUUAUGCAGAAGUUGUGGGCCAGCAAGAUGGACUGGGCUACUGAACUAAACGAAGAGCUUCUGUGUGAGUGGUUCGAGAUUCGAGAGUCUCUAACAGCGCUGAACGACAUCCGUGUGCCACGAUGCGUCGUGGUGCCCAACACGGUUCUGCACGAGCUGCACGGGUUCGCUGACGCGUCGACCGUUGCCUACGGGGCCAACGUCUACCUGCGCUGUAUCCGCGGGAAUGGGUCGGCCGAGGCCAACCUGUUGUGCGCGAAAUCCCGAGUGGCUCCACUGAAGAAGCUGUCCGUGCCGAACCUGGAGCUGUGUGCAGCGCUGUUGCUUGCGCGGCUCGUCGUGAAGGUCAUCGAAACGCUGGAUCUGAAGCUGUCUGCUAUCGAGCUGUAUUCGGACAGCCAGAUUGUGCUCGCAUGGCUGAAGAAGGAUCCGAAUCUCCUGGAGACCUUCGUGCGUAACCACAUCAUCCAGAUCUUCAACCUCACAGGUAAGUUCCGAUGGAAUUACGUGAGGUCAGCCGACAAUCCGGCAGACAUCGUCUCUCGAGGGAUGAGUCCCAAACUCUUGAGUCGGUGUCCGAAGUGGUGGAAGAGUCUUCUACCGCUGACGAGCGCUGCCUAUGUUCCUGAAGAACCCCCCGAACUCGAGGACGACGAGCUGCCAGGGCUGGUAGCCAUCGUCUACAAAGUCACCGUCUUCGAGGAGAUGCCGGUGUUUAAACGGUUCGGCGAGUUCCGGAAACUCCAGCGCGUGAUCUGCUACGUGCGCAGAUUCGUCCAGAACUGCAGGAACAAGAAGUCUGGACAACCAAGGACGACGUGCGCCUACGUGACAGUUCCUGAAACGAGAGCGGCGUUAAAGUCCAUCAUUUGGUCGAUUCAAAUGGCAGCCUUACCAGAUGAGUUUUAUCUAGCGAAGACCGCACAAACAUCCAGCCAGCUCGCGAGCCUGGCACCAAUCGUCGACGAGGACGGUCUGCUGAGAGUCGGCGGACGUCUGGAACAUUCGAGCCUCCCGUACGAGGCUAAGCAUCCCGUGAUCCUGCCCCGUCAUCACGUGACUACGUUGCUGGUCCGAGCGCUGCAUGUGGAGAACCUGCAUGUCGGCCCCUCCGGACUCCUGGCCAUCGUUCGACAACAGUACUGGCCGCUGAAGGCGCGCAACGUAGUUCGCGACGUGACUCGCAAGUGCCUGCAGUGCUUCAAGGCCAACCCACGCAGGAUUGAACAGUUCAUGGGACAGCUUCCAGCGGAACGAGUGAACGUUGCAGCCCCCUUCGAGUACACCGGCGUGGACUACACUGGACCUGUGACGGUGAAACAAGGCAAGUACAGACCUAAACUUACCAAAGCCUACAUCGCCGUGUUCGUCUGUCUGGUCACCAAGAACAUCCACCUGGAAUUGGUGUCAGACUUGACAACCGAGGCCUUUUGGCCGCCCUGGAUCGUUUCGUCAACCGACGAGGACCUUCUGAAACGCGGAAUCCAAGACUUGCUCGUGCCCAAAGCCAUCGAGUGGAGCUUCAUCCCGCCCAGGGCUCCCAACUUCGGCGGAUUGUGGGAGGCGGGCGUGAAGAGCGUCAAGACACACCUGAAACGAACACUGCAGAACGCGGUGCUUACCUUUGAAGAGUUUUCUACCAUCUUGACGCACGUUGAAGCGGUCUUGAACUCUCGGCCGCUCUUCAGCUUGUCGGACAGCCCCGGAGAUCCUCUUCCGAUAACUCCGGCGCAUCUUCAACUCGGCAGGCCGCUGCGUCCUGUCGCCAAGCCCUCCCGUAGCGGUGUCGCGGACAACCGUCUGAACCGCUGGGAGUACCUGGACAAGCUUCGUGAGGACUUCUGGGGCCGCUGGUCCAGAGAGUACCUGACAAGUCUGCAGAACCGUGCGAAGUGGACCAAGAAAUCGCACAAUCUGCAGCCCGGAAUGCUGGUCCUCCUCGUCGAGGACAACCUUCCGUCGCAGACCUGGAAGGUCGGCAUCAUCGUCGAGACUUACCCCGGAAUGGACGCGCUGGUGCGUGUCGUGGACGUGAAAACCGGUUCUGGAGCAGUCUUCAAGCGGUCGGUAUCCAAACUGGCACCCUUGCCGACCGUAGACAACGACCGGCUUCUGGAGCGCUUCGGUGCUUCAGAUUAG